AUGCAAACUAGUUUCCAAGUUUAUAAUUAUUGUAUAACUACUCAAGCACAAGAAUAUUCAUUAAAACCUCCAAUAAGAAUAAUACAAACACUAGUCGAUAGUAAUGAACAAAAUACUACGCAAAAUGAUGCAAUUACUACUGGUGGUGAAUUGUAUAUUAAAUUGAAGAAUCAUUUAAGAACUUAUUUGGAAAAAAUUUGUCAACAAGGACUUGAUUUACAAGGAGAAAGUGUUCUUCGUUUCUAUACGACAAAUUGGGAACAUUAUCUAUUUUCAAGUAAAGUAACAAAUGGUUUUUGUCAAUAUUUAAAUCGAUAUUGGAUACGACACGAAUAUAAUUCAGGAAAAACAGAUGUUUAUGAAAUUUUUAUUAUGGCAGUGGAAAUUUGGAAACUAGUUUUUUUUCAACUACUAAAUAAACAAGUAACAUCAGCAUGUCUUCAAUUAAUUAAAGAUGAACGUCAAAAUGAAAUAAUUAAUAGUCGAUUAAUUAGUGGAGUUAUACAAAGUUAUGUUGAACUUGGCUUGAUUGAAAACGCAUCUUUAUCAGAUAAUAAUCAUCAUACAACAUCUCCGGCAUUGACAAUUUAUAAAGAUUAUUUUGAAAUACCAUUUCUUCAACAGACAGAACAAUUUUAUCGUCUUGAAGCAGCUACUUUUCUUCUUCAUAAUUCUGUAACUGAAUAUCUAAGAAAGGUAGCUCAACGUCUUGAUGAAGAAGUACAUCGAGUACAAUCAUAUCUACAUUCAUCAACAUUAGGAAUAUUAAUUAAAAAAAUCGAAGAUAUACUUAUCCAUGAUCAACUUCAAGCAAUUUAUACUGAAGCAAAAAUACUUUUACAUGAUGAAAAAAUAUCAGGUAGGUAA